CUCUCAUUCAAAGUGUUUUGAUAUACCACCUGUUAACAGGUGCCAGUCAUCAGCUCAAAUGUUGACUCCUCGCCAUCUUGUACACAAGUUCUUCAAUGUCCACAAGCUUACAACAUGCCCUCCCUCUAUUGCAUUUUGCUGCUUUUUGCUGCUGUAGCCUCAAGCUUUGCAAGCUUUGUUUUUGAUCUUGAUUCCGGUACGUUUGACCAUUACCUGCAAGAUAAAGAUGUGAUGCUGGUGGAUUUCUUUGCGCCCUGGUGUAUGCAUUGUAAAAAUCUCGCUCCAGAAAUGGAAAAUGCAGCGAACAGAUUAGCAACGAAGAAUCAGUUUGUUUUUGCCAAGGUCGAUUGUGUUGCACCGCAAAAUGAAGCUCUCUGCAAGAAGUUCAAUAUUCAAGGUUACCCUGCGUUGAAACUUUUCAAAUUUGGACAGUACAGCGGAGAUUAUAUUGGCGGCAGGACUACAAAUGAUCUUCUAGCAUACAUGGACUCCGUGGCAGAAACAAGAGCCCAAAGAGAACCGCUGACCACUAACGGCCCUGGAUCCUUUGCAGCCUCACUAGGCGCCAGUCCUCAAGGAUACUUCAAUCCUCUUCAAUUUCAACCAGCUCCUCAUCCCCAAGUUUACCAGGUUCCAAAUCCAGGCCAGGCUGCUCCUUCUUAUUUCAGUGGUCCUUUAUCAGCACCAGCACCUGGACCAAAUCCCUCAUUGGUUCAUUCAUUCUAUGGCGGCAAUCAACCAGCCAAUCAACAACCUGCCGUGGUGCCAUUUGCAAACCAACCGAAAGUAGAAGCAAAAGCCCCCAACUUUCACGUUGGACCCACUAGUGACUCCACGGCUGCAAGGAAAUUUGGAGGUAACUUGUUGGCAUUAGAAAUAUUGAGAGCUAAGUUAAAAAUGAUCGCAGCUUAUAAGAACUGGCAGAAGAGACUGAAAGAAUACAAAGAAAAAAUGGUUGACGCUGCAAAAAUGAACCAAAACAAAGCAGGUUUCGUCAAACACGUUAUUCGCAAGCCGGUCAACCCAUCUGCCGUCCUGAAGGCCAAAGCGUUCUUACGCAAAAAUAAAUCGACCAAUCGCUUUCAAAGGAAGUACCCUCGUACAUACCGAACCCCUGUAUACAGACCAAAACCCCUAUACCAACCGGCUUAUCAAUCGGCAGCAUUCCGCCGUGGAUCGAUAUAUGGUCGGCAGAGAUAUCGGCCACAACCUGAAGCCUACCAAACUCAGCCCUACAGGCAGCCAUACUCUGCUGCUUACAAAAGAUACUUCACUUUUAAACAACAGCAACGACAAAGGUUGCAAGAAGUACAACGAAGGCAGCAUAUACAACGACAGCAGCAGCAACAGCAGCAGCACCAACAGGAAUAUCAGCAACCUUAUAGUAGAAGCUUUAUCGCUCAACCACCACAGGAAGCCCAAGAAGUGUCAGACGCAGCGUUAAAACAAGAAGAAGGUCAAGCAGACAAAGCUUCAUUUAUUCAACCCAAGCCUCAAGAAAUAGCAGCUGAAGUUACGCAACCCCAGACCCAGGAACCAACCGGCCAACCUCAGAACCAGGUUACCAACGAUGCUCCUAAACAAGAUAAAACACAAGCACCAUCCAGUGAUAUCGAUAAAACAUCAAUCAAGGAUCUGAAGCAUGAUAUCGAGAACGCCAUCAAAGACGCCUUAAAAACCACUGGUGAUAGUAAGGUAACAAAUGUGAAGACUGUAUCGAAAGCUGAUAACCCAAUCGGAACCAAGACCCUGGAUGUAGCAGGAAGUGGCUCAGGACAUGACGGUCACGCCAGUGGGUCAGGGGGGGAACAACAUGCUGAUAUGAGCGGCUCUGGGUCUGGAUCCCAUUCUGAUAGUUCAGGUUCUGGUUCAGGAAACAGUGCUGAAAGCAAUAAGAAAUCUGAUGUCAAAGCAGGUGGUGAAGCAUUAGUAAGAAGGCGUGUUUUCUUGUCCAAAAUGAUUCGUAUCCUGGCGAUAUUUACCGUAUGUUUAUUUGUGCCAUCUCUGAGCGCUCCACAAAGUGAUCCAGUCUUCACUCUGACAGAUCAAAACUUUGAUGAGUUUUUAAAAGACAAAGCCGUCAUGUUGGUUGACUUCUACGCUCCAUGGUGUAGCGACUGUUCCAACUUGAAACCUCACUUCGAUAAAGCAGCCAGAGAUCUGGCUAGAGAAAAGAAAUACGUCUUGGCAAAGAUGGAUUGUUUCGGUGAAGGUCGCUACACUUGCGGCGUCAAGUUUGGAAUUCAUCAAUGGCCUACACUUAAGGUCUUCAGAUAUGGCAACUAUGCUGGUGACUAUAAAGGACCUCAGGAUGAAGGUAACAUCAAAUCUUACGUAGAUGAGGCUCUCAAUGAUAGCCAACAGCAGCAGAAUGAUAACCGUGCACCUAACGGUCUGUGGAACCAGGCUCAACAACAGUAUGGAAACGGUUGCUUCGAGAAUGGAUGGACAUUCACGCAGAUCUCACCUAAUGCUUGUGGAUUCUCCAAAAUGCAACUUUGUAUUGGAUUGAUUCUUGCUAUUCUAGGUUCUGCGUAUUCUUCUGAUGUUAUUGAAUUAGAGGAUAGUUCAUUUAGCGCAGAAGUUAGCCGACAUGACAUAAUUUUAGUAGAGUUUUUCGCCCCUUGGUGUGGACAUUGUAAAAGACUAGCACCAGAGUACGAAGAUGCAGCCACUAAGCUGAAAAAAGCAGAUCCUCCUGUUGCUCUUGCCAAGGUUGAUUGUACUGAGAAAGGAAAAGACUCUUGCAGCAAACAUGGAGUUUCUGGGUACCCAACACUAAAGAUUUUCAGGAAUGGUGAAUUUUCUAAAGACUAUGAUGGUCCUCGUGACUCCAAUGGUAUUGUUGGGUACAUGAAGAAGCAGGCUGGACCAAGCUCUAAAGAGCUCGUCUCAAUGUCUGACAUGCAAAAAGUUAUGGAGAUGGAAAAUGCUGUUACUAUUGGGUUCUUUGCUGGUGGAGAUGAUGACCUUAGAAAAGCAUUUAUGACCACCGCUAAUGAUUUAAGGGACAAGUAUAGCUUUGCACAUACUACCAACGAGGAAAUCAUGGAGAAAUUCCAACACAAAGAUGAGGUUGUAAUAUUCAGACCUCGAAGACUCCACUCUAAGCUAGAGGCUCCAAAGGAGGUGUACAGUGGAUCACCUGAUGACUUCUACAUUAAAAAGUUCUUAAAAGCCAAACUUCAUGGUUUGGUUGGUCACAUGACACCUGACAAUGAAGAUCAGUUUAAAAUGCCGCUGUGCACAGUUUUUUACAAAGUGGAUUAUAAACGAAAUGCUAAAGGCACCAACUACUGGCGUAACAGAGUUCUAAAGGUUGCAAACAGUUUCAAAGAUACUAAGGCUUUGACUUAUGCCAUUGCAAAUGGUAAUGAUUUUCAACGUCUGUUGGACAGUUUCGGCAUUAGUCCAAAGGAUGAACCUGUCGCAACAAUAAAAAAUGAAGUUGGAGAUAAAUAUCUCAUGACAGCUGAGAAAUUCAGUGUUGAUACCUUCAAACAAUUUUUACAAGAUUACUUUGAUGGUAAACUUAGUCCAUAUGUCAAAUCUGAAGAGGUUCCUGAAAAGAACGAUGGCCCUGUGAAGGUCGUUGUAGGUAAAACGUUUAAGGAAAUCGUCAAUGAUCCAAGUAAAGAUGUUCUUAUCGAAUUCUAUGCUCCUUGGUGUGGUCACUGUAAAUCACUGGAACCUAAGUAUAAUGAACUUGGAGAAAAACUCAAAAGCGUUAAAGAUAUAGUGAUCGCAAAGAUGGAUGCCACAGCUAACGAUGUUCCAAGCCAAUACAAGGUUGAAGGAUUCCCUACCAUCUACUGGUCGCCAAUGAACAGCAAAGACGGUCCUGAAAAAUACCAGGGAGGAAGAGAAGUGUCUGAUUUUGUGGAUUUCAUCAAAGGCAAAGCAACUAAUCCUUUCAGUUUAGAUGUAGAAAAGAAAAGCAAAAAAUCGAAAAAAGCUAAGAAAGAAGAAUUGUAAGAAUUAUCAGCUGGGAAGCUUAGUCGGUAGUAAAAGAAAGCAUGCAAAUCUUGUGGUGUUGCAAUAAAUUUUGAUAAUAAUUCUUUCCUAA